AUGGGGACGAGGGCUUUUGCGAUGUUGAAGUGUGCUUAUAGGAAUUACAGUGGCAAAAGUGCGGCGUACCCUAGAAAAUCCACUGUAGGCGUGGAGUUGCACGAGGCCGGGAACAAGAAGAACCGCCCGAAAAGCUCAAGGACCAGGGCUAGUCCUUUGGAAUGGACUGAGGAACAGACCCGAAUCAUAUCGGCCGUUUCUGGUGGCCGAUCGGUCUUUAUCGCCGGGUCGGCCGGCACCGGGAAGACAGCUUUGCUUAAGCAUAUCAUCAAGUUGUUGAAGGAUUCGUUGGGCCGGUCUACAGUUUUCGUAACCGCGUCCACCGGAGUUGCCGCUUGUGCGCUUCGCGGGCAAACCUUGCACUCCUUUGCAGGCAUCAAGAACCCUGGUCGUGAAGCUUCCGCUUUGGACAUUUAUAUGGACAAGAAGGCCUGUAAGAGGUGGAGAAAGGUUCGAGCCCUGUUCAUAGAUGAGAUUAGUAUGGUAGAUGGCGAGCUGUUCGACAAUCUUGAAUGUAUUGCUAGAGAGCUUCGGGAAUCGGGCGAGACUUGGGGAGGAAUCCAGCUCAUUGCGACUGGGGACUUUUUGCAGCUGCCGCCGAUACCCAGAAAGGGGAAUUGCUUGUCGAGUAAACAAUUUGCAUUUGAAGCAGACUGUUGGCAAUCAAGCUUUGACUUGCAAAUUGAGCUUACCAAAGUGUUCAGGCAAUCGGAUGAAAGACUCGUUAAGGUGCUUCAGGGUAUAAGGAAAGGAGAGAUCAGUCCUGACGACUGGGAAUUCCUGGAACAAUCUUGUGCUACCGAUGAGCCGGAUCCUUCUGUUGUUCGACUGUAUCCACGGAAUGAAGAUGUCAAUGAGGUGAACAAUUAUAAAAUUGAAGAGUUGGCAGCAGAGGGUUAUGUCUUUUCAGCAGCUGAUAGUGGCAGUGAUCCUUGGAAGAGGCAACUCAAACGUGGUAUGGCACCUGAUGAGAUUUUUCUCUGCAAAGGUGCGAGGGUGAUGCUGAUAAAGAACAAAAACACUUCGCGUGGACUUGUGAACGGUGCUGUUGGUACAGUCGUUGGAUUUGUGAAGCCGGAGGAUAUGGUUGUCUCUGACCUAUGUUGCGAGGGUAUCUUGCCGAUGGUGAAGUUUGAUUCUGGUAGGACAGUGGUUAUCGAGCCGGAAACAUGGUACGUGGUGGAUGGAGAUUCCGUGGUUGCUCAGAGGAAGCAGAUUCCCCUCAUAUUGGCUUGGGCUCUAAGCAUUCACAAGUGUCAGGGCAUGAGCCUUGACAGUCUCCAUACCGAUCUAACUAGAAGUUUCGGGUAUGGGAUGGUUUAUGUGGCUCUCUCCCGAGUGAGAAGCUUGAGCGGGCUCCAUUUAUCAGGUUUCGAUCCUACCAUCAUCAAGGCAAACCCGAAAGCGCUCGAGUUUUAUCAACGUUUAGCUCAUCAAUGCGACAAAAGGAGCAAGGAUGAUGGCUCGAGCGAGGAAGAACAUAAUUGCAGUGACUCAGUUGAUAGCUCUUCCUGA